UGUCACCCAGAAACAACAGCCGCGAGCCCUGAGCCCAGCACACACCAAGGCGGUGCUCAGCAGCUCAGAUGGCAUCAAGCAUGGCGGUGGCGAGGAUGCUUGGCGUGGCGUACUCACUAACCCUUUUGUGUCUUAUGUCUGCGGCUCAGGGGCCGAACGAUGAGGUGACUCGGCUGUCCCCUCAAGAAGCCUUCCACAAUGUGUUGGAGAUUGUGAAGGCGGAGGUCCGGCAGGAGAUAGACAUCCUCAACAAGACAAGAAUUGAACUGUUUGAGGUGUCGCGACUGAUCGCGAAGCCCCAAAAGGAUAUGAGGGAGGUCACAAGGUGGAUGGAUGCCAGCUGGUCAAGAUGGACACAACAUCCGAGGCUGUGGCUGAGGCCUUUGAAGUCUUCACACAGCAUCUCAAUCCUUGGGGCAACACAGCAAUCCUCACCCAUACCUUCCACCAAUUGGAAUGCUUUGCUCGUGCUCAAGCCAAAUUAUCAUCAGGGCAGGUUCCUUUAAGGAAUGAAGGUCCCCGCACCCUGCAGUCACCAAGUACUUGAAGGUGCUGGAAAAACGCCUCCACACCAAUUUAAUUCGACUUCAUCUCCUGAAUAACAUGAUUGUGACUCAUCUGCCAACAGACCUCCCUCCCAGUGCAAAUGAUCAAACCUUGAACACCAGGACCAGACCCAUGACCCAGCAGCCUCCAGGGACACACUUCCACAAGCUGUUCAACAAAAAGCAAAUGCCUUCACUGACCUUCAAGAAGCUGGCAAAGAAUAUGGAGACUACAGAGGUGUCAACUAAAGUCUCUGAAUUUGAAAAUUUGAAGACCUUAAUGAACAAUUUGAGACAGAUACUUGGGCACACCCAGCCAUCUAAUUCCAUCAGCUUGCUACCCAGUGGGCAUGGACCUUACUGCAAAGGCAUUACCAUCACAGGCCCUGCACACGCCAUCAUGAGGCAGAUGUUAACAGAAGCAUCCAAUGCUGCCAUACAGCUUAAGAAUGCUGCUGCGGCAGCGAGAUCAAGGACACCAGGAAGGAACUACGCUGCCAAAUGGGUGAAGUUGCCAAAUUUGCAGCAGUGUGGUCACCAUACAUUGACCCUUACAAGGUGACAGGAAUUCUUGACACAAUUGACUCAACACUCAGAGACCUAAUCAAUAAGCGAGGGAGAAUGGCAGCCACAAUCCUCAAGCAGGAUGACAAAACCAGAAACAUUCCCAACCCCAGAAAACCCAUCAAGAAGACCAAAGUGAACAUAUUCCAAGAGGUUGAGCUUCAUCCACGCUGCUGUGACUAAGAGCUUGCCAGGGAGAACCCACUCAUCCACUUCACUAUUGCAUUUGCUUUCUUAACACUGGUCCUUAGUUUAUAGAUGGAUAAAU